AUAAGGGAGCUUCUAUUUUUCUGUUUCUAUUCUCUCCCCAGCUGGUCUGUGCAGCGAAAGAGAACAGUUUGUGCAAUGAUAUAGGGUGCACGUGUCUGGCUGAAUGGGUGGCAACAGGCUGCAGUUGCACUUGGCUCAGUAGGGGGUGCAUUGUUAAAUCCAUGAAGAGUAGAUUUGAUAGCAACUCUUAGAGAAACAACUGGGAAGCUUGCUUUUGAAAGGGUUCCUGAGAGGAUGAAGAGGAGCCCAGAAGGCAGAGUGAGUUUCUUUGUCCAAAAUUCUUUUUCUUUAUAGUAUUCUUUAUAUUUGGAUUCAUGAAAUAUGAAAUGGUGAUAUGGGAAUGCGCAACGAACGAUUUGAGUUUUUCUGUAUGAUUGUUGUUUUUAUCAAUCUCAUGCCUACUAAUGCAAAUAAUUAAAUCUUAUCCAGCCUUUUGGCAUUUGACUGUUCAUCAUGUUCUUAGAUGACAUAUCCAUAAUUAAUCAUAUUUAGAACUAAGCCAAUCAUAUUUAGACUAUCAAGAAGCUAUUGAAACCAAUCAAGCCAUAGAGACUUUGGAAACUCCAUGGAAAUUGAUGUAGAACCAAUGGGGAUUUAGGGUGAGAACAAAUUCUCAAAAUGGGGGGAAACUAAUUCUCAAUAUAUUUGCUCAAAUCGAUAGUCAAUAGUCAUAAUAAAUCCCAUAAGUAUGUGAAGAAACUAAGCCCUAUUUGUCGAGUUUUGUAACCGUAAUUAUAUUAGGAUUAAGAAACCUAAUUCCAACUCCAGGUGUAUAUUACAAAUCAAAUAAAAUUAUUAAAUAAAAUAAACCUCUUUCUAUAUUUUUUUUCUGAAAAUAAGUAGUUCUAAUAACUUUAGGAUUUCCUACAUGAUUAAGUACUUCAGUCAUUGUUUGGAAAAUUGAGAUUCAUGUGAAAUAAUUUAUGGGAGUCUCUUACUAAGAACAUAUCUGGAACUUUUUGUUGUGUUUUCAACAUAAGAAUUGACACAUAUUCAACUUAUCUAGGUAUGGUAAUUAGAAAUGUAGUAGGCGGUGGAACAGCAGCAGUGUAGUAGAAGUUUAAUAUUUCCAUUUCUUGACAUUGUCCACAGUUAUAGUUAAUAAGCUUCAAGUGAUGGAAUACCAAUGAAAUAACCUUGCAACUAGGUAUUGAAAAAGUGACUUUGCUCCAAAAUCAUCAAAUGAAAUUCAUCAAUUUACUCUCUCUAGCUUAUUGUUGGGCUUCAGGUGCAUAGCAAUGUUCUUCCCUUUUCCGUUGCAGAAUUUACCAUUUUUUAUGGUCAAUUGCUCAUCCUUUCUAGAGCUUUUUUUUUUUCUUAUGUGGUUGAUAAGAAUAGAAUGCCAUAGGUGAUUUGGACAAGUGAGAUCCAGUGGGCUUUCUGAUUUGCCGUGGGCUCAACAUCAUGGUAGAGUUCAUGGGAUUUUAUUUGAAAUCUCAGGGAAUCAACAACUGGUAAAGCCUAGAAAGCUGGACAUCUUAUAAAGAUACUUGCCUUCAGAUACAUGAGUUUAUCAAUUUGUUGGUCUGUUUAACUAAGGAUUUAAACGUUCUUCAAGAUUUUAUGUUGAAGACGAGAGAACUCUUGAAUAAAGAAGCAAGCCUAUAAAACUAGGAUCCAAUUAUUCCCAUUAACCUCUGUGUGAAGCUUUGUUUUUAUAUAUCUAUGAAAGGAAAUCAUUUGGGACUCAUGUUGCAAUUAGCAAAACCAACAAAUUUAUCUUUCCAACAAGCAGUACUCUUGGAGAGACCACGUGUCAUAUCUACACAAGUGGGGCAUGCAUUGGAUAUGCCAACAAAUUCAUUUGGUGCCGCCUAUGCAAGAUUCAUGGGAUCUAGGAACUUUUCCCUAGAUGAUCGCCCUCCAGUGUGAUUUAUGGACAAAGAUGAACUAGCAUAUGUAGCCAUGAGAGCUCCUGAGGUGCAUGACUUCUGGCACACACUAUCUGACAUCCCUACCAACCUAAUUGGCAAGUCAGCAGUAAAGGUGAUAGAGUUUGAGCAAAUGUACCUUCCAAUGUGUCUAAUGUCCGUUGUAGGGGGCACAACAAGAUUUAAUGAGAAGCAAAGGAGAUUGUUCUUUUAGCACUACUUCCCAUGGGCCAUCCGAGCUGGAAUGCAGUGCACAGAUCUCACGUGUGUAUAUUAUGAGAAGCACUUUUCACUAGAUUUUGAUGAUGUCCGUAAAAAAUGAAGUUUAAUUCCUGCUCCUGUUGCUCCUAAACAAGAUGUAGCCUAAUCGGUAGUAGUUGCAAAGGGUCUGUUGGAUGGAUGCUAUGCAUCAUUUUGAGGAUUACCAUACUGUCACUCUAUUUGAAAAUAUGUACAUAUAGAGAUUUGCUAGCAAACAUCAAAUUGUUUCUUCGUUACUUGUUAUUUAUGUUCACUACCAAGCCUGCUAAGAAAUGCAUAAUUAUUUGUGUGCA